AUGGCAAACGGUGCGAAGUACAUUACCAUUCUACGCGAUCCAUGGAGUCAAUUCAAAUCGUCAUUCAGUUUUUUCAAUUGGGCACAUGUUGUUGAAGAGGCAAUUGGAAACACAACGCAUCAUUUAGAAAAGUUUCUUAAUAAUCCGGGACGCUUUUACAAAUGGCAGAAUGCCCCGAUUCAUAAGCAAUACAUGAGAAACUUCAUGUCGUUUGAUUUAGGAUUGCCACUCCAUCAGUACGAUGACGUUAACGCCAUCGUACGAUUUGUGAAUAUGAUAGAGAAAGAUUUCGACCUUGUGAUGCUUUUAGAAUACUUCGACGAAUCCCUUAUUCUCUUAAAACGAUUGUUGUGUUGGAAACUCGAAGAUAUACUCUAUUUAAAAAUUAAUCAGAGAAAAAAACUCACGCCAGUUCAAUCGAAUGCCGAACAAUUAUACCGCCAUUUUAGUCAGGCUGAUUAUACUCUGUACGAACACUUUGCGGCAAUAAUCCAACGACGAAUGAGUGAGUCACCCGGGUUGCACGAGGAAGUUGCUUAUUUCCGAGAAAUAAAUCUAGAAUACCUACUUUUUUGUAAACAAGCUUCUCGAAAUGAAUCGCUGUUAUUUGAGGUGGAUAGAUCAAACUGGAAUCUUAAAUUUACCCUGGACGUUUCGUACUGCACUAAAUCACGUUUGUACAUUCUUCAUUAUGUGGAUCAGUUAAAGCGAACCCGCUAUGGUAUAGGCACAGAGACACCAACAAGAAAGCCAUUCUACUGGCAUAUUUGA